AUGCCCGAUUCGGAAGAUGAUACUGAGGCACUCGACUGCUCGGGCAAGAAUCUUCGGGUGGCUCCCGACUUGAGACGUUACGGCAAGCUGACGACGCUGGACCUGAGCAACAACAAAAUAAAAAGCCUCCCGAGAUGGCAAUUGGAACAUCUGACGGUCUGCAACCUGGCCUCCAACGAAUUCACGGAGCUGCCCGACCUCGGCGGCCUGCUAGUGCUGGAGAAGCUCAACCUCGACAACAAUCGGAUCACUUUCUUACGGAAGGGACGCUUGCCCGCAUCUUUGAAGGAGCUCUCGAUGGCCAACAACCAAAUCGCAUCGGCAUCGGAUGUGGGCCUGUUGCCUGAAGGAAUUCAAUGUUUAACGUUGACUGGGAAUCCCUGCAUGAGUCCCGAGAAUGUGCGCAGCUUCAUCUACGCGCAGCUAUCGCUUGAUGGCCAGGCAGAGCUCGAGAUACUCGACGGCAUUCCGAUCAGCGAAGACGAAAAACUGGAUGCGGAGAAGUUGUUCUUCGUCAAAGGCUUCAAGCGAGGAUGUCCCCUAGAGCGCCGACGUUUCCAAGGAUCGGCCUGCACGACGCCGACAACCCCGGGCAGCGCAAGCUCUUUAUCCAUCCACAGCCCAUUUACGGAAUGGAAUUCUAGGAUGUCAUCAAGUCAGAAGGAUCUCCGUGUACUCAGCGAUCGCUACACGCCCAAAAUGCGCCGGGACGCCUGGGACGUAUUGGAAGAGCAGGAAAACGAAAGCCCAAGCUUCUCGCAGCGGGAACCUUCAACACCAACCACUUCGAGGACCUCGCGUCCGCCCACAACCUACACCCGUUCCCCGAAAGCGCGAUCGAGAAGCCGUGGCAGCGAUGGCUCUCGGCGGUCUAAGGUUGUCCCGAUCUAUGCAGCCGCUCGAAGAUCCAAUGAAGAACCAUCAAGGGAUGAGGUGACGCUGCACGAUGUGAUGGAUCGGAUUGACGAAUUGGCGAAACAGACGAACACACUCACCGAGCUCCUGCAAACCAUACUCGAAAAUUUGGAAAAGAUGGAGAAGCGCAUCGAUCGGCUUGAUGAACAAUAUGAGGCGCAGCGACGAAGAGAGAAGUGCAUCGAAAUGGUCCCGGAGCGGCUAUCGACGAUGAUCGGGGAUGGGAAGAAUGUCCAACUCCGCUGGACGGUCCCCAAAAAUGCUAAAAACGGGUACGUGUUGAUGAUGGAUGGAGCAGUGCUGGGCAGACCGAAGGGCACCAACAACACCGUCAGGAUCACCGGCGUCGAGCCGGGGAGCCACGAGGUUCAGCUUGCCCUCGCCGAUGCCGACGGAAAUCCGGGUACAUUCUCGCGUGUACAUGUCUUCACCUAUCCUUCUUCGUCG